CACAGUGGGUCGAUGCAGAUUUCAAGUUACAAAAGAUAGUGCUUCACUCACAGGAGUUCAGAGGAUCACACACGGCAGUAGCCAUCUCUGAUGCAUUUGCCAGGAUGUUUCAAACUUGGCAUAUCGACCCAUCAAAGUGCAUGCAGUCGUGAGUGACAAUGCACGAAAUAUGACUAGAGCUAUGGAAGACAGUGACCUGAAAGGCAUACGGUGCAUGGCUCACACUUUACAGAUAGCGGUCCACGAGGGUGUGUUAAGUCAGCGCAGUAUUGCAGAUAUCAUAGCGACAGGGAGGAAAAUUGUAGGUCACUUUAAGCAUUCCCCUCUUGCUUAUUCUCGCCUUCAAUCUGUUCAAGAACAGUUCGAAAUGCCACCAAAACGGUUCCAACAGGAUGUAAGUACUAGGUGGAACAGUACUUAUUAUAUGUUGGAGAGCCUUUUUUCACAAAAACGAGUCCUGGCUGCCUACGUAGCAGAUUAUGAUCUGCCCUCUACCUUCACCUCAUACCAGUGGCUGUUAAUCGAGAACACGCUCUCUCUUCUCGCCCCGUUUGAGCAGAUAACAAAGAAGAUAAGUUCAUCUGAUGCAUCUGCAGCAGAUGUUAUCCCAUUACUUGCAGCACUCAAGCGUCUUCUCAGUAAAGAAGCAGAAACGGACUACGGAGUCAAAACAACUAAAAGUGCACUGUUAGAAGCUGUCAACAAACGUUUUAGUCAGGCAGACUCCGAACCCCUGUUCUGCAUCGCAACAGUGCUUGACCCACGGUAUAAGGAUCACUACAUUGAUGUGGAGAAAAAACAGAGGGUUAGGGAAAUGGUCCAGGCUGAAUUGGACUUAUUAAAGCCACUUGGAGACAGUGAAGUGACGCACAGAGAGGGGGGAGAGGGUGCAGAGAAAAAAAGAAUCCGCACCACGGAGGCAGUACGUGUGCCCUCACUCUCUGACAUGUUUGAAGAGAUCCUCCAGGAAAACAACCCAGAUGCCAGGCAGACAACGAGUGCCACUGCUCAACAGCUGGACUCUUACUUGUCAGAAGUCCCCAUCCCCAGGAGUGACAAUCCUCUAACAUAUUGGAGGACCAAUCAAGGCCGCUUUCCUGACUUAGCACAGAUGGCACGCAGGUACCUGGCUGCUCCAUGCACAAGCACUGAUAGUGAGAGGCUGUUUAGUGCUGCAUCACAUGUCCUUGAUGAGAAGAGGAACAGACUGACAUGUGAUAAAGCAGAGAAGCUUCUCUUCAUAAAGAAGAACCUGCCACUGUUCCUGUAGGAGUAGGCUAAGUAGACCUAUGGCUUGAUACAGGCACAGUUGUUUUGUUUUAAUGUUUUUGUCUGUAAAGCAAUUUGGGUUGUCUUGUCUCAGAUGUCAGUUUCUUUCUGAUGACAAAUCUGUUCUGGUCAGGGAUAUGUUAUGUACCUGUAAGUGUUUGAUGUUACAAGCACACUUGCUAUUUACCUCAGCCAUUACAUUAUUGUUUACAUUAUAGCCUACUGUUACUUAGUAGACUUGUGCCAACUUUUGCACUUUUUUGCACAACAUGUCAGAAAUGUUAAAUAAACAUUUACUUUCUUUGAAAA